GCAGUCCCCCUCAUACUCCCAGCGUGGUCAGUGAUGAGGCCGCACUGGGCUGCCCAGGCCCGUGUCCUGACAGAUCCUGUAAACAGAAACACGGAAUCACGGAAUCAAUAAGGUUGGAAAACCCCUCCCAGAUCACCGAGUCCGGCCUUUGACCACCACUGUGUCAACCAGACCAGAGCACUAUGUGCCACAUCCAGUCUUUCCUUAAACACCUCCAGUGACAGUGACUCCACCACAUCUCUGGGCAGGCCAUUCCGAUGUUUAAAUCACCCUUUUUGGGAAGAAAUUCCUCCUGAUGUCCAACCUAAACCAGUCCUGGUACAGCCUGAGACUACAUCCUCUCUUGUCUCUAGUUGCCUGGGAGAAGAGGCCAACACCACUCUUGGCUACAACCUCCUUUCAAGCAGAUAGCAGUAAGGUCUCCCCUGAGACCCCUUUUUUGCAGGCUAAACACCCUCUGCUCCCUUAGCCACUCCUCACAGGACUUACGUGCCUGAUCCUUCCACAGUUUUUUGCCCUUCUCUGCACUCAAGGAUAGAAAUGGCACACCCUUCCAGGGGUACUUGUUUUCUCUGCUGCUUGAGUGUCGUAGAGAAAAAUGUUUACCUUGCACCAAGCCUGAGCUGCUCUUCUUUCAGUUUCUGGCUGCCAUCUCUGAUCCUCUCACCAUGCACCACUGCGAACAGCCUGACUCUAUCUUCUCAAUAACCUCCUUGUGCUUGUUGGAAAGAUGCAAUUUGGUAUUUCAUCUCCAGAGCAAACAGAGGGAGCUCCCUUGGCCUCUCCUCACAGUGCAAGUGCUCCAGUCCCAUCGCCAUCAAACUUGCACUAAUUUAUCUACAUCUUUCUUGCAUUGUGGAACCCAGGAGUGGACAGGCUAUUCUAGAGGUGUCUUAAGAAGUGCUGAGCAAAAAGCAGUAGCAUUGUUCCCCUCACACAAUCUUCUGGCAAUGCUGCUGUCAAUACAGCCCUAGCAAACAUCAGCCUUGUUUGCUGCCACUCUUUUGUCAUGAGCUACAGGGACAGAAGUCAUCUCACCAACAUCUUCCCCUUUCCACCUUUUCUCCAGGGCAGCUACAGCACUUUGGAACAUGAGGUAUCAAGAGCCUCUGCUGGUGUUUAAUGUUGCAUGAUAGUUUUCUUGUCCCUUCUCCCUCUCCACUCAGGCCUGCCUCAUGAUCAAUCCCACAAGUCUAGCCCACUCUCAACAAAUUCUUUGCAAUUUGCUCCAUUCUCAUUCUGGGAAAUUUUCAUGUAAAGCUAGAAGAAAAUACAGGGAAAAGGAGAAUUAUGCAUGUGAACAGAACUCUGAGGCAGUUAAGGCAAAGACGAUGUGGGACAAGAAGACAGGUUUAGAAAAGAGGGGAAAUUAAUUAUAAGAUGUGUUUGAAAGUCUAAAGCUAUUCAGACAACUGAAUGCAACAGGAAGAAUUGAAUUCAUGCAGACAAAUGAGAAUAUGGAUGAUAGCCCUUUGGAGACAGGGACAGAGACUUUCCAAGGGGGGAGGUUCCUAUUUAAUAAAACUUGCAAACCCUGCAGGUGAAAAUUGCAGCUAAUAGAAAGCAGUUUUCCUCUCAGAGAAAUGACUAAGAAUUCAAAGUAUACUCUUAAAAGGGAAAAUAUUUUAAAAAGUAUUUGUAAAACCUUGAAAAAAAUCUAGCCAAAGCAUUUAAUUUCAAUAGUGACAGUACAGUACAAUCCAAACGAAAUUGGGAACAAAAUGAGAACAUAUAAAAUACAAAAAAAGAACUUUGAAAAUUUUAAUUAUUUGCCCCCACCCCCCAACUUCCAAAGACAAUCUUUGCAAAUUGUUUCCAGCAUUUCCAAGAGAAAUUUAAAAUCUGUUGAAAGUUUCUGUUCUAAUAUCAGAGGUUUCCCUGCACUGAAUUUUCUUUAUGAGCUGAUUUUAACUGACCUAAAGAGAAGCACUCAGAGACUGAUCUACCAGUGGAUAAAGAGGCCUGAUAAUUUUGGUUACCAAACACAGGUCAUUAGACAUGUGUCAAUAUAUGGUGGAUUUUAAGCUCCAUAGUGCUGUACAACUCCACUGUGUAUACUCUUCUCCAUCAGCUGUUUCUUAAAUGUCUUAUUGGUGUGAAUAAGUACAAUUUCAGGAACAAGUAUGGAAGAAAAGUAAUACCAGUAAAAGAAGGAAUGUCAGGCAAUAAAAGACAAAAAAUCCCCAUCAGACAGAACUGUGAGAAGCCAAGAGGUGUAGUACCAACCUUUCAGUUUACAUUAACACUCAGUACUUCUGAGACAUGGAAAUCCAUUCUUUUACAUGCCCCUGACAAUUCCCAAGCAUUUAAGUGAGUUGAAUAUGAACUCUAAGGGGAAGGCUCCAGGAUCACAGUUAUUACACACCUACAGAGACUGCCCCAUGCAAUGUGGAGUGGUGCUGACAAAAGUAUUAAGCUGGGUAGGGGUGUCACAAUGACAUUUUGUAAAGCAUUCUUUGUCACAUUUCUUGGUGAGUUUAACACCUUAAGGUGUAAGAUAGUGUUAUUAUGUCCUCACAUGAUAACACAGUGUUACAGUGCAUAAGCAAAGGAGAUGAAGGAAGAAGUCCCGUGGUUGUGGAUUUUUUAGCAGUCAAUUUUUUGUUUGCCCUGGGCAUUUUAGGAGGUAAACUGUGGAGCACAUGGGACUUAAAGACUUGGAUACGUUGCCAUAAUUAUUUAUUGGCUUUAUAUAAAAAUGUUACUUAUCUGUUACUGAUCUUCUCCGAGACACUUUGUGUACAUUCCUGCCCUGGUUAUACAAGGAAUAUUAACGGAAGUUUUUGCCUUAAUAAGAUUGGAAAAACACUUAAAAUCCCUACUCCUUUUUCAUCUCUUUUUCCCUCUCACAUGUGCAGGAAAGAGGAAAAAAAGGAAAGAAAAAAAAGGAGUGUCCCACCCAUCUAGUCAUGGCAACAGCAGCUCAAACACAAUAUUCUGGAAGAAAGCCAUCCUUAUCACUUGAUACCUUGAUUUUAGUUGGAGCAUCUUUUUCCUAAUUUUCACUAUAAAUAUCUUAAUAAUUUGAAGUCAAAUAACAAUCUCUGUGCUGAUCUUAACAGCUCUUAGGUCUGCACAGAUGGACACAACAUUACCUGAAAGGCAAAUUGCACAAGAAGAUCAAAAAUAUAUACAGGAAAGUCAUGCAGAGAAGUAUUGCUCCCGAUUCAAGUGAGCUCCUUAAAAAGCCUCUAGUGAGUCUGUUAACAAAUACAGUAUAUUGGAUAGCAGGCAACUGCAAUGGGCCUUUGCCUUUUUCUAUUCCAUGUGCUGUAAAUACAAUCAAAAUGUUCAUGUGACAAGAUGAGGAAGACAGCAGAUCACCACAGGCUUCUGAGCAUUGGUUAGGUAAACCUAGAUUUUGGUGCAUUAGGACUUCAAAGUAGUUCAGUGAGAAAAAUAAUCAGAAAAAAAUAUUACUUUGUGUACAAUUGCAAUACUGCUUUUCAUCAUUCAGUGGAAGGAUGCACUGCUUUUAUUUUAAGCAAGUAGUCCAAUAUAGCUGGUAGAAAUGCAGUUUCAGGAAGAAGUGAGCUAGAUUUUACACAGAGAACACAGAUUGUUCUGGCCUGUGUGCCCAGUGGUCUUCUCCUAGUGGUUAAAAAUUGUUAUGAAGAAGAAUAAGUUUACUCCAUUCCUCCUCCUGGGAGCAGGGAGCAGCUGAUGUGAUUAAGCAGAACUGUUUAAACCUGCUCUAGACUGAAAACCCAGAAGAGCACCAGAAGCUCACACCUGUGACCCACUGGGACAGGCCUGGGCCACAGCAUUUCCCAGUGCUGGAUGGACUGAUAAGAAACUGAGUAAGCCAAACUACAGCCCAUGAAGGAUACUUUCUGAGUUUGUCAUCUCUUCAGAGUGAUCCUGUUUUCAGUGGGAAAGACCAGAGUUGAGGACAGCAUUCAGGAUGUAGACAUGACAGUCUUUUAAUCUUCACAUGACAUCUCCUAGCCUACCACAAUCAACAAGAAACUGAAAGUUCUGAGAGAUGGGCUCUCCAUAAUGCUUCAGUUAUGAAGGAAGAAGGGAAGCUGAAUUGUUUUUUUGCAAUGGAGAAGACAGAGGGAGAAGCACCAGCACUGUGGCUCCCACCUUGUUGCUUAUCUCCCUGCCAACAUGUGCCCCAAAUCCUCUCUGUGCUGUAUUAAGGAAAGGAAAAGCUUUGACAUCUGCUUUCUUACAUCGUCUUUUCCAAUUUUGCACCCGAUAACCCCCUGGUGAAAAGAGGAACAAUGACUUCAUAUAGCUGCUGCUUGAUUCUUUUGCUGUUUACCUGGAGCACUGCUGCCUAUGGGCCAAACCAACGGGCACAGAAGAAGGGAGACAUUAUUCUUGGAGGAUUGUUCCCCAUUCAUUUUGGAGUGGCUGCUAAAGACCAGGAUCUAAAAUCAAGGCCAGAAUCAGUGGAGUGUAUAAGGUAUAAUUUCCGAGGCUUCCGCUGGCUCCAGGCUAUGAUCUUUGCCAUAGAAGAAAUAAACAGUAGCCCAACUCUCCUGCCCAACAUGACCCUGGGAUAUAGGAUAUUUGACACUUGCAAUACAGUCUCGAAAGCCCUGGAGGCCACACUGAGUUUUGUGGCCCAAAACAAGAUAGACUCCUUGAACCUGGAUGAAUUCUGUAACUGCUCAGAACAUAUCCCUUCCACCAUUGCAGUCGUGGGAGCAACUGGCUCUGGCAUCUCCACUGCUGUGGCCAAUCUGCUGGGACUCUUUUACAUACCUCAGGUCAGCUAUGCCUCAUCCAGUCGUCUCCUGAGCAAUAAGAACCAGUUCAAGUCCUUCCUGCGCACAAUCCCCAACGAUGAGCAUCAGGCCACAGCCAUGGCAGACAUCAUCGAGUACUUUCGCUGGAACUGGGUGGGAACAAUCGCAGCUGAUGAUGACUAUGGCCGGCCAGGGAUUGAAAAAUUUCGGGAAGAGGCGGAGGAGAGAGAUAUCUGCAUUGAUUUUAGCGAGCUCAUCUCCCAGUACUCAGACGAAGAGGAGAUCCAGCAGGUGGUAGAGGUCAUCCAGAACUCCACAGCAAGAGUGAUUGUUGUUUUUUCCAGUGGCCCAGAUCUGGAGCCUCUCAUCAAAGAGAUUGUCAGGAGAAACAUCACCGGCAAGAUCUGGCUGGCAAGCGAGGCCUGGGCCAGCUCUUCCCUGAUAGCCAUGCCGGAGUUCUUCCGUGUCAUCGGCAGCACCAUCGGGUUUGCACUGAAGGCAGGACAGAUCCCAGGCUUCCGUGAGUUCCUGCAGAAGGUGCAUCCCAAGAAGUCCACCAACAACGGCUUUGCCAAGGAGUUUUGGGAGGAGACAUUUAACUGCUAUCUCCCUGAUGGAUCCAAAAAUUCUCCUGCUUCAACUUCCUUCCACAAGGGCCACGAAGAGGGGCUGGGAGCUGGAAAUGGAACGUCUGCCUUCCGACCUCCGUGCACAGGGGAUGAGAACAUCACCAGCGUGGAGACACCGUACAUGGACUACACGCACUUGCGGAUAUCCUAUAACGUGUACUUGGCAGUGUAUUCCAUCGCCCAUGCCUUGCAGGAUAUUUAUACCUGUACCCCUGGGAAGGGACUCUUCACCAACGGGUCCUGUGCAGACAUAAAGAAGGUGGAGGCAUGGCAGGUUCUCAAGCAUCUGCGACACUUAAAUUUCACCAACAACAUGGGGGAGCAAGUGGAUUUUGAUGAGUUUGGGGACCUGGUAGGAAAUUACUCAAUAAUCAAUUGGCAUCUCUCUCCGGAGGACGGCUCAGUCGUCUUUGAAGAGGUUGGGCACUACAACGUUUAUGCCAAGAAAGGGGAGAGGCUUUUUAUCAAUGAAAACAAGAUCCUGUGGGGUGGAUUCUCUAAGGAGGUGCCUUUCUCCAACUGCAGCAGGGACUGCCUGCCGGGCACCAGGAAGGGCAUCAUUGAGGGGGAGCCCACCUGCUGCUUCGAGUGCGUGGACUGCCCCGACGGGGAGUACAGUGACGAGACAGACGCAAGUGCCUGUGACAAGUGCCCUGAGGAUUACUGGUCCAACGAGAACCACACAUCCUGCAUCCCCAAGCAGAUAGAGUUUCUUGCCUGGACUGAGCCCUUUGGAAUUGCUCUGACUCUCUUUGCUGUGCUUGGAAUUUUCCUGACUUCUUUUGUUCUGGGAGUCUUCACCAAAUUUCGCAACACACCCAUCGUCAAGGCCACAAACCGGGAGCUAUCCUACCUCCUCCUCUUUUCCUUGCUAUGCUGCUUUUCCAGCUCAUUGUUCUUCAUUGGUGAGCCCCAGAAUUGGACUUGCCGUCUGCGGCAGCCAGCUUUUGGCAUCAGCUUUGUCCUCUGCAUCUCGUGCAUCCUGGUGAAAACCAACCGUGUUCUUCUUGUCUUCGAGGCAAAGAUCCCCACGAGUCUCCACCGAAAGUGGUGGGGCCUCAACCUUCAGUUCCUCCUGGUCUUCUUGUGCACGUUUGUGCAGAUUGUCAUCUGUGUGAUUUGGCUCUACACGGCCCCGCCAUCCAGUUACCGAAACCAUGAACUGGAGGAUGAGAUCAUCUUCAUCACCUGCCAUGAAGGCUCCCUGAUGGCCCUCGGCUUCCUCAUUGGCUACACCUGCCUACUGGCAGCCAUCUGUUUCUUCUUCGCCUUCAAGUCUCGAAAGCUGCCUGAGAAUUUUAACGAGGCCAAGUUCAUCACCUUCAGCAUGCUGAUAUUCUUCAUCGUGUGGAUCUCCUUCAUCCCUGCUUACGCCAGCACGUACGGCAAGUUCGUGUCUGCUGUGGAGGUGAUUGCAAUACUGGCUGCCAGCUUUGGGCUUCUGGCCUGCAUCUUCUUCAACAAAGUCUACAUCAUCCUCUUCAAGCCCUCCCGCAACACAAUCGAGGAGGUGCGCUGCAGCACAGCUGCCCACGCUUUCAAAGUGGCUGCCAGGGCCACACUGAGACGGAGCAACGUGUCCCGCAAGCGCUCCAACAGCCUGGGGGGCUCCACCGGCUCCACGCCUUCCUCCUCCAUCAGCAGCAAGAGCAACCACGAGGACCCUUUUCCUCUGCCAGCCUGCGCCGAGCGGCAGCGCCAGCAGCAGCGCGGGUGCAAGCAGAAAGUCAGCUUUGGGAGCGGAACGGUGACCCUGUCGCUGAGCUUUGAGGAGCCGCAGAAGAACGCCAUGGCCAACAGGAACGCCAAGCGCCGGAACUCGCUGGAGGCCCAGAACAGCGACGACAGCCUGAUGCGGCACCGCGCCCUGCUUCCCCUGCAGAUCAAUGAGCCCCUCGGGGCUGAGCCCGCCUUCCAGGCAGCUUCCAGCCCAGAGACCAGCUCGCAGGAGUCGGUGGUGGGAGACAACAAAGAAGAGGGACCAAGCCCUGAGGCAGAGCCUUCCCUGCCAUCGGUUAACUCCCGAAAUUUUAUAGGCACUGGAGGUGGCUCUGUCACAGAGAACACGGUACAUUCCUAACGAAAGAAGAUUGCGAAAAGUACACCAGCCCCCAAGAGGAACUUGCUCCCCUCUUGCUUCUGAACGGGAAAGGCAAAAAAGACACACUGCUGUGACACAGCCCCACCACACCUUAAUGUUAGCGCCAGCAGGGUAGCACAUGUGCCUCCAGAGGAAGGACUGUGUCUGGGGAGCCUUGGAUUGAAUUUGCAUUUGCUUUAUUGAAACAAGGACAUCUCAGAAGGACAAGUGAAGAUCGCCUCUGGUGGGGCUUAAGCAGAAGUCUGCAUGCUGCCUUGCCUCCGUAAGCUUUUCCUGCCAGACUGCAACUCAGCUGACUAUGGGAGGCACUAGGCAAUUCCACUAUACCCUGCUUUUACAUUUAUGUAUAAUAUUCCUCUUUCCCACUAUGUAUGAUAUUCCCUCUUUAUCCAGUAUAUGUGAUCUGUAACCAUGUGCAUCAGGACUCUCAGCUCUACAAAAGCAAGGUACACGGUUUCACUUCAGGAAAGCACAGUCAUGGGGAAAAUAAAAAAGUCCCCAACAUCCUGCAUGCUGUGUACAGCCAAGGGUGUGAACAUGUAAAGUAUUUAAUGUGACAGAGCGCCCUGCUAAUUUAUAUUUAGUAAUGUCCCAGUCUCUCCUUUCUGCCCAACAGGAAAUACUGGACAAUACUCUCCGUAGACUCCAUUGCACUAGACCAAGCUACUUAGGUCCACUACUGGUUUCCUCCAGCUGGAAUAGCUUUACCUCCAGCCUGCCUGCUUUGGUGGAGGGGGAGAACAGCUUGUAAAUCCCUCGCAGAGAACGCUGCAAAAGCACAAUGAGAUGUAUCCCUGAUUGAUUAUGUCGCUAGUAGUUGUAUGCUUAACCAAGUGCUGCUGCUGUACUAUCCCACAAGGCAUACAUGGCUAACCCUUUCACACCAUAGUCAGUGUUGUGCUUUGCCGUAUUAAUCUGCCUCACACCUGCACGGAGCAUUGCGACAGUCCUGGCGGUACUGGUGGGCCUGGCAACAAGGAGAAAUGGAGGAGUUAGGGAUGGAGGAGGAGCCCCCAGCUGUGGUAAUAGGAUCAGAGGAGCAGGUGAAUAUCUGAAGUGUGCGUACUGGUAGAUGACUGGGUGAGAAAGACAUUCAGGCCUAGGUUCUUGGGCACACAUAGAGACAAAUGGAUGAACUGGAUACAGUUUUGCUCCUAAAAGCCACCUACUAGGUUAUUUCCCAUUUUGAAGAGAGGGUACCUACCACAAGAAUGGUGGACUGCACCUAAAGAAUAACACCAAGGAUGUCAGCAGAGAGCAUAGCAGAACUUGGUUAUUCUUGUCCCACUCUUCCUAAAGCAGACAUAAGUCCUCCUGGUUUUUCAAGGCAUGCCUCGUUCUUUUCGAUUCAUGCUGGAAAAGUUGAAAAGAGUCAUUAGCAGAGAGAUUUGUUGCAGCCUGAUGAGGGAAACAACCCCUGGACAGCCUGGUGGGAGGGGCUAGGGUUACACUGCAGAUUUCAUUCCCUCUUCCCAGAUUCCCCGUGGAAGAACAAGCAUCUGUCAGGAAGAUGUCAGUGCCCUCCCUCAUUAAGCAUGAAGGCAGUCUAGACCUCUUACAGAAAGGUAGAUGGGCCUGCAGCUCAGUGUGAGCAGAGACAAAAGGACUGUGUUCGAAUGCAUUGGGGGAAACACCACAAUUCUCUUGUUACUGUUUUUGCUUGGUUGUUCUUCUGCCAGGGCAGGCAAAUAAAACUUACAGGUGACAUUA